AAAAAAAUCUUCAACAAAUAAACAAUAACAGAAAUUCUUUUAAUUAAACGAAACUGUAGAUACAUCCUGCAUGUAAGGCAAGUGGAGAGCUACGUAGCUUUCUGAAUCCAUCCAUAAAUGCAUUCUCCUCUGUUUUAUCUUCUAUAAAUGCAGUCAAUUGUGUUCUUCAAACCCUAAUUCAAUCACUUUAGCUAUUCCUUACGUCUCUCCAACCUCCUAUAUCCAUUUGGGUGCAUACAAAUUAACCAUUGUAUCAAUGGCUGAUUCUGCAUUUUGGUUUUUCUUCAAAGCUCUCAACAGAGUUUUAAUGGCUGCCAUCACUUGCAUCGUUGCUCUCGGAGGAGCAAUAGUGGGAACAAUAACGGGAGCAAUCAAAGGGUCGACUACAGAAACAGGGUUAGCCCGUGGAGCUUGUGUGGGUUCAAUCACAGGCGCCAUUACAGCGUUGCAGCUCAUGGAUAUGAUUGUUGAUGGCGAACCAUUCUCCAAGGUAUCAUUGUUGCGUAGUCUUGUAAAUGGACAAAUCUUUACCGAAUGGGUAGGUCCUGCUUUGCUCAAAGCCUACAUGUGGCAAAUUAAUGGAGUUGAAGCAACUUUUGUGGAUAUUUUCGAUGGGUUUGAGAACAAUGUUUCAAAAGGGUUAUGCAAAGAUUCAAUAAACAAAUUACCCAGAUGCAUUUUCAAGAACUCUUGCGAGGAGAUUGAAAGAAAUGGAAGCCAUGAGAGCAGCUGUGCGAUUUGUUUGUGGGGCUUCAAGAACAGAGAAGAGGGAAGACAGCUGCCAAUUUGUAGACAUGUAUUUCAUUUAGAAUGCAUUGAUGAGUGGCUAAUUAGGAGUGGUUCUUGCCCUAUUUGCAGAAGAGAUGUUUAGGGACUGAUUUUGUAAAAUGUAGAAACCAAAGGGGAUGGUUUGUCAUGUUUUGGAAUUGUAAAUGAAUUUCUUUAUUUCAUGUCGGAUAAAAUGGUGUAGAUGGAGAAAAUAAGUCCUCAAUUUUAUUUAUUUC